UGUGUCUAAAAUGAUAAUUUAUCAAUGCACCAUUUCUCUUUAUUGAGACUUCUAAGGUCUCCCCAUUCACCACUCAAAUGGCCAAGAGACGGUCACCAACCACCCCAACUCACAGGAAUCUUAUUUUCAGAUUUUUCUGUAUCUCUCUCCUCUGCCUCUUAUCCUACUUGCUUGGUUCAAAUCUCCACAAAAAACCAUCUUCUCUUCUCUUAAACUCAUUCUCCAAUUCAACUGCAGAUUGUUUUGGUAAUGGGGUAAGGCUGGAACUCCUUACUGUUCACCAAACUGAACCCUUUUUUGAUUUUGAAUUCCACCACUCUGAUCCUUCAGUCCCAAACCUAUCAGACAAUGAGACCAUCAUCCCCAACUUCUUCCAGUUCUGUGAUUCCAAGUACAGGGACUAUUGUCCAUGCCAUGACACCCGGAGAGAGAAGAAAUUUGACACUGAUAUGCUAUUUUUCAGAGAGAGACACUGUCCUGAGAGGAGUGAGAAACUGAGAUGCUUGAUCCCCGUGCCUUCAAAGUAUAGGACCCCAUUUCGGUGGCCAAAGAGCAGGGAUAUGGUGUGGUUUCUGAAUGUACCUUACAAAAGGCUCACUGAGACUAAGGCUGACCAGAACUGGGUUCGGCUGGAUCACAAUAAGUUGGUAUUCCCUGGAGGUGGAACUUCUUUCCCUGGAGGGGCGAAGCCUUACAUUGAAGAGAUUGCGAAGUUUGUUCCUUUGAGGAAUGGUGAUGUGAGGACUGUUCUCGAUGUUGGGUGUGGGGUUGCAAGCUUUGGUGCUUACCUGCUGGACUUAGACAUUUUGACAAUGUCCAUCGCACCAAGGGACAUACACCAUGCUCAAGUCCAGCUUGCUUUGGAACGUGGGCUACCCGCGAUGCUUGGAAUACUGAGCACGUAUCGGCUUCCAUAUCCUUCAAGGUCCUUCGAUAUGGUUCAUUGUUCAAGGUGUCUAAUUGGGUGGACUGCUCAUGGAGGCUUGCAUCUAAUGGAAAUUGAUCGUAUCUUAAGACCGGGCGGCUAUUGGGUCCUGUCAGGGCCACCAAUCAGCUGGAGAAACAGCUAUAAAGGUUGGGGAAUGCAGCCCCAAGAGUUGAAGGAAGAGCAGGGAGCUAUCGAGGAUCUAGCGAGGCGCCUGUGUUGGAAGAAAAUUGCCGAGAAGGGUCCCAUAGCUGUUUGGAGGAAAGCCACCAAUCAUGUCCAUUGCAUCCAAACAUCAAAGCUUCUCAAGUCCCCUCCUUUUUGUGAGGCAACUGACCCUGAAUCUGCCUGGUACAAAAGGAUGGAAUUGUGUAUAACACCACUUCCAAAGGUGAAAUCAUUCAAAGCCGUAGCAGGAGGUGCUCUUGAGAAGUGGCCAAAAAGGCUGAGCACUGCUCCCCCUAGAAUCUCAAAAGCAACCAUGGCAGGAAUCUCUACGAAGUUUUUUUACCAUGAUAAUCAAUUGUGGAACAAAGCAAUUACAUAUUACCAAAGCUUGCUUAGUUCUUUCAAAGUGGGAAGAUACCGUAAUAUCAUGGACAUGAAUGCAGGCUUAGGAGGUUUUGGUGCUGCCUUGUCGAAGUACCCUUUGUGGGUUAUGAAUGUCGUUCCUUCAGAUGCUGGGAAUAACACGCUUGGUAUUAUCUAUGAACGGGGCCUCAUUGGGACAUACAUGGACUGGUGUGAAGCCUUCUCAACAUACCCCCGCACAUAUGAUCUAAUACAUGCAAAUGGAGUUUUCAGCUUGUACAAGGACAAGUGUGAUAUGGUCGAUAUUCUCCUCGAGAUGCAUAGAAUUUUACGUCCGCAUGGUGCUGUUAUAAUUCGAGAUCAUGUUGAUACGAUUGUGAAAGUGAAGAACGUUGCUGAUGCAAUGAGAUGGCAAAGUCGGAUUGCUCACACUGAACAGGGACAAUACCAUCCUGAUAAGCUUCUUGUUGUCAACAACUCUGUAAAAGAUGAUCAUUCUCAAAGUAAAAGAGCGAGGAUGUGAACUGAUUCGCUGUUCAAGAUUUUGAAUUUGAACAGAGUAGGCUAGGUCAGUUAUCAUUGUGUAGGCCUCGUUUGGACACCCCAAUCGCCAUAUCAAAGUAAUAGCUUUAUGUGCAGUUCUGAAAAUGUGGAUUUGUAAGUGGUCAAGGGCUAGAGGGAAUACAUGUCUCUUUUUCUUUUUU